AUGUCUCAAGGUUCUUCGUUCAGGCAGGCUACCAACACUGUCGAGACAGAUAUCAUCCCUGGAACGGAGUUGAUGAGAGAGAGUGAAGGCAUCCGUGUGACACACGGAUCCAAUCACAAUAUACAGCUCAUCCCUUGUCCAUCGGAAGGUCCGACUGAUCCCCUGAAUUGGUCAAAGCCAUGGAAGUAUCUGGUGAUAACAACUCAAUUCUUAUUCCUCUUUGUCUCUGUGGAAUCAGCUUUAUCGAUGGGACCAAUGUUCCCCUUAUUUGCAGCCGAGUUCCAGCUCAACGACACCCAACUUAGUCUUUUGACAGGUGCAUGUGUACUAGCUCUCGGAUUUGCCAACUUCAUUAUCGUUCCUUGUUCCAAUAUCUUUGGUCGACGUCUUACGAGUCUUGUCUUCUGUUUCCUAGGCAUUGCUUCGUGUAUAUGGCAAGCUUUGGCUGUGUCUUAUAGCAGCAUGCUGGCUGCACGUGUUGUGAAUGGAAUCGCUACUGCCACUAGUGAAACGCUUCUGGUACAAGUUGUGGCAGAUAUGCUCUUUCUUCAUGAGAGGGGUCUCUGGACUGGGGUCUAUUUAUAUGGCUGGCGAAGUUUCUUCUGGCUCUCCCUAGCUCUCACCUCUUUCAACUUUAUCACGCUCUUGUGCUGCUUCCCAGAGACCAGGUUUCGCAGAGACACGCAAUCCGAAGGUUCUCGGACGGAAAUUGAAGGCCCGGUAACCCACAAUAUCAGAAAUAAAGUAGAAACAGAGCAGCUCGAAAGCAUCGAACAACGCAGCAACGUCCUAGGAACCGGCCGGCCAUCCAAAUCCCAGUUCAAACUUUGGCAAGCCCCAGAACCAACAUGGAAAUCAUUCUUGCUACGAGAUAUCAUCUCACCAUUCCGCCUCUUUAUAUUUCCAAUCAUCCUCUGGGCAGGCCUCAAUGUAGCCGGUCCAGCGAACAUCCUCCUAUUCUGGAAUUUGACCGAAUCCGCCAUCUUAAGUGCACCUCCAUACAACUUCUCCCCAUCGAGCGUGGGAUACUCCAACUUCGCCUUUGUUGUUGGUGGUUUGACUGGCCUUGCUACUGCGGGGCCAUUCUCUGACUGGAUCGCUGUGCGAGCUACAGAGAGGAAUAAUGGUAUACGAGAAGCGGAGAUGCGACUUCCAGCUUUGAUUCCCUAUUUCAUGUUUACUGUUGUUGGUAUUGUGGUCGGCGGACUGGGCUAUGAUCGACUCUGGGACUGGCCUCUUGUUCUAGUCGUUGGUUAUGGCUUCAGUGGACUUUGUGUGACAACCGUUCCUACAAUAGCCAUUGCAUACGCUGUUGAUUGCUACAAACCUAUUUCUGGAGAGAUUAUGGUUGUUGCUACUGUGAUUAAAAAUACUUGUGGGUUUGUAAUGAGUUACUGGGUUAUGCCUCUGGCAGCACGGAGGGGUUUCAUGGUGCCUGCUAUGGUGGAAUUUGCGCUGACGAUUGGGCCAAUGGUUUUGGGACUUCCGAUUUUUUUCUUUGGCAAGCUAUAA